AUGUCUCACCUAAAAUUCUACGCAUACGAAGGAGCCGGAAUCCAAAAGCAGAGGGACUUCUGGUAUAGCCAAGCCGUUCGAGUGGGCGAUCGCAUUGAAUGCGCAGGCCAAGGUGGCUGGGACCCUGCUACUGGCGAAUUUGAGCGGGAAAUCAAUGCUCAGAUUGACCUUGCAUUUUCCAAUGUAGAGCGCUGCUUAAAAGAUGCCGGUGGAAAAGGCUGGUCCCAAGUGCACCGCGUGAAUUCGUACCACGUUCCAAUCAAUAACGAGGCGCUAGCGGCGAUGGUCCGUAACUUCAAAAAGUACAUGCCGGACCACCAGCCCAUCUGGACAUGUGUUGGUGUUACUCGGUUAGGUGAAGAUGACAUGCGUGUUGAAAUUGAGGUGGUCGCUCACGACCCUGAAGGUGCUAAGACAGUCGGUUCUUCUUGA